CCCCAUGUUUUUGGGACCUGUCAAACGCAUAAAAGCGAGCCGCGAAACAAGAAAGAGCCGCAACAACACGCGAAGAAGUGCCGCCGCACACACAUUGUACACACGCACGUACGCACGUCCGCACACACCACCAUCCGAGCAGCAGCAGUACCAUUUUGCGUGGAAAAAGUGUGAAAUAAAAGCCGUACGAAAUGGAGGAAUACCACGAUCUGUCCGGCGACGGGGGCGUCCAGAAGCGCAUCCUGCAGGAAGGGACCGGCGACGAGCGCCCGUCGAAGGGCUGCUCCGUCUCGCUGCACUACACCGGCACACUGGACGCGGACGGCAAGAAGUUCGACUCGAGCCGGGACCGGAACGAGCCGUUCCAGUUCACCCUCGGGACCGGCUCGGUCAUCAAAGCGUUCGACAUGGGCGUCGCGUCGAUGCGGCUGGGCGAGCGGUGCAUCCUGCGGUGUGCGCCCGAGUACGCGUACGGCAGCUCCGGCAGCCCGCCGAACAUUCCGCCGAACGCGACGCUCAACUUCGAGCUGGAAAUACUGGGUUGGAAGGGGGAGGACCUUAGCCCCAAGUCGGACGGCGGCAUACAGCGGUUCAUCGUGCAGUCGGGCAGCAGCAAGAAGCGCCCUACGGCGGGCGGCCUGGUGAAGGUGCACCUGGUCGGCCGGCACGAGGGCCGCGUGUUCGAGGAGCGGGACGUGGAGUUCUGUCUGGACGAGGGCAAGGAGGUGGGCGUGGUGGCGGGCGUCGAGCUGGCGCUGGAGAAGUUCCACAAGGAGGAGACGGCCCGGCUGCUGCUGAAGCCCCAGUACGCGUUCGGCGCGCAGGGCAACAGCGAGCUGGGCAUACCGCCGAACGCGACCGUCGAGUACACGGUGACGCUGACCGACUUCGAGGCGCUGGUCGAGCGGUCGAUGAUGUCGCAGGACGAAAUGCUGGCCCAGGCCAAGCUGCUGCGCGAGAAGGGCACCAAGUACCUGAAGGAGGAGAAGCACGAGCUCGCCCUGAAGCUGUACAACCGGGCGCUCACCUACCUGUACGACCAGUCGAAGGAAGGGGAAGCGGCCAAGCUGGCCAUCUAUCUCAACAAAAUUCUGUGCCUCCAGAAGUUAAACUCGCACGAUGAAGCGAAAGUUGCGUGCGUCGAAGCCCUCAAGAUGGACAGCAAAAACGUGAAGGCGCUGUACAGGCGGGGAAUGUCCAAUUUGGCACUGGGCGACUUGGACCGAGCGCUGCAAGAUUUCUCCGCUGUGUUGGAAAUUGAACCGGAAAACAAGGCGGCCCUGAAUCAGGUGACCAUUUGCAAGCACAAGAUCAAGGCCUACAACGAUCAGCAGAAGAAGGUGUUUGCCAACAUGUUUACAAAGUUUGCGCAGAGUGACUCCAAGAAAGCGCAGGAAGAGCAGAGCCGCCAGCCGGACGUGAUGAAGCAAAAGUUUGGCGAGUGGGGCGCGGACGAGCGCGAACACGAGCCGACCCGGUUCGAGCAGGAAAAUCCGGACGUCAUCAUGCUGAACGAUCUGCACAAGCAGUUCCGCAACAUGUGAGCAGCCGAAUCCGGUCGAUGCAAACUGGAGGUGCGUCCAUCGUCGCCAUAACAACGCUGCAACGCGGCGAUUUAAACAACCCGGGAUACCAGCAGGACGCGAACGCCAACAGGAUGCGCUGUUUGGCUUUGCUUCCCGAUCAUAGUUGGCAGUUUUCCGCAAUGACAGUCAAAACAAAACACCCGGAUCAUGCAAGAAGGUUUUUU